AUGAAGAAUGAGCUCAAUGUUACAGUCAGUUUAAAGAAUGAGCUCAAUGUUACAGUCAGUAUAAAGAAUGAGAUCAAUGUUACAGUCUGUAUAAAGAAUGAGCUCAAUGUUACAGUCAGUAUAAAGAAUGAGAUCAAUGUUACAGUCAGUUUAAAGAAUAAGAUCAAUGUUACAGUCGGUAUAAAGAAUGAGAUCAAUGUUACAGUCAGUUUAAAGAAUGAGAUCAAUGUUACAGUCAGUUUAAAGAAUGAGCUCAAUGUUACAGUCAGUAUAAAGAAUGAUCUCAAUGUUACAGUCAGUAUAAAGAAUAAGAUCAAUGUUACAGUCAGUAUAAAGAAUGAGCUCAAUGUUACAGUCAGUAUAAAGAAUGAGAUCAAUGUUACAUUUAACUAA